AUGAAUCCCACUAAGCCGGCCUGGGAGUUACUUGGAGAAGAGUUCGUUAAAACGUAUUACACGACUUUUGAGCACCACAGAGAUCAACUCAUUGCUUUAUAUUCUCCUGAUGCUAUGUUCACAUUUGAAGAGCACAAGGCUCAAGGACAAGCAGCUAUAAAAGAAAUUCUGACGAAGUUGCGAUUUGGAUCAAUACAACAUGUUGUUACAAAGGUGGAUUGCCAGCCUACAUCUGAUAGUGGAAUUAUUGUUUUAGUCACUGGUCGACUCAAGGCAGAUAAUGACCAUCCCCAUGGUUUCAGUCAAACGUUUUUCAUCAAACCAUGCAACAACAGCUAUUUUAUUUGCCAUGAUAUAUUUCGACUGUCCAUACACGAUAUGUAG